ACUGGAAAGCCGGUCCGGCGGCUGCGAAAGACACCUCCGGCGGUCCGUACGCGCCAGCGCUUCCUCGCUCUCUGCCAUCCUUUCCGAGGACUCGUAGCAGCGGCAGCAGCAGCAGCAGCAGCAGGAGCGAGCGGGCUCCAGUUCCCCUUGCCGGGUGCAUCGCGAAGGCCUUCCGGGGACUGGCACCCUGGGCCUUUCUCUGCCCCUCUCCCCGGGCGUGGGUUGAGGGCUCCCUCGGGCCCGUGCAGUGUGGGGCUCCAGCCUUCCCAGGGGGGCCUGUGGCCCAGGCAGAGAACCCGCCCCGCCACUUCCCUCAGCCAGGUUCCCUUUUGGGGAGGGCGAAGGGGUGCGGGGGCCGAGGCUGCCUUCUCUCCCCCCGCUUUGCGAGCAUGGGGCUUGGGGCUUCCGAAGGCAGGCGCUUUGGGGUGGCUCAGCUCGCCUAAACCGUGCGUGGUGGUGGCGGGGAACGGCAGGACAACGAGAAGGCCCGGUGCCCCCCCUGACCCCAGGGGGGUCGGCCCGCAUGCACCUCCCCACUGCAGAGCCACGGAGGAGGAGGAAGAGGAAGAAAAUCCCGGCUCGGCCCUGGCGCCGGCUGGGGGAGGUGGCGGCUGGCGUUGGCGGUCCCGGGAGGAGCAGGCGGCCAUGGAGAGCCUGGCGGGCUACGUGUACAAGGCGGCCAGCGAGGGACGGGUGCUGACCUUGGCCGCCCUGCUCCUGAACCGCUCCGAGAGCGACAUCCGCUACUUGUUGGGCUACGUCACCCACCAAGGUGGGCAGCGGUCAACUCCUCUCAUCAUCGCUGCCCGCAACGGGCACGCCAAAGUUGUGCGCCUGCUCCUGGAGCAUUACCGUGUGCAGACCCAGCAGACCGGGACGGUCCGUUUCGAUGGUUAUGUCAUCGAUGGGGCCACGGCACUGUGGUGUGCAGCUGGGGCUGGCCACUUUGAAGUUGUUAAGCUCCUGGUAAGCCACGGGGCCAAUGUCAACCACACUACUGUGACCAACUCUACACCACUGCGUGCUGCAUGCUUUGACGGCAGGCUUGACAUCGUGAAGUACCUGGUGGAGAACAAUGCCAACAUCAGCAUCGCCAACAAGUAUGACAACACUUGCCUUAUGAUUGCUGCUUACAAGGGUCACGUGGACGUGGUGCGCUAUCUUCUGGAGCAGCAUGCUGAUCCCAAUGCCAAAGCACACUGUGGCGCUACAGCAUUGCACUUUGCAGCUGAGGCUGGCCACCUGGAGAUCGUCCGUGAACUGGUGAAGUGGAAGUCUGCCAUGAUGGUAAAUGGCCAUGGAAUGACACCUUUAAAAGUGGCAGCAGAGAGCUGUAAAGCCGACGUUGUUGAACUACUGCUGGCGCAUGCUGAUUGUGACCGCAAGAGCAGGAUCGAAGCUUUGGAACUUCUGGGUGCCUCGUUUGCCAAUGACCGAGAAAAUUAUGAUAUCAUGAAGACCUAUCAUUAUUUGUAUUUAGCCAUGCUAGAGCGGUACAAAUAUAGCGAGAACAUUAUAGAGAAGGAGGUCCUGCCUCAGAUAGAAGCCUAUGGCAGCCGGACGGAGUGCCGGACUCCUCAGGAGCUAGAAUCCAUUCGGCAGGACCGAGAUGCUCUGCACAUGGAGGGCCUCAUUGUCCGAGAGCGAAUUCUGGGUUCUGACAACAUUGAUGUCUCGCACCCCAUUAUUUAUCGUGGUGCUGUGUAUGCAGAUAACAUGCAGUUUGAACAGUGUAUCAAGCUCUGGCUUCACGCCUUGCAUUUACGGCAGAAAGGCAAUAGGAACACACAUAAGGACCUCCUCCGAUUUGCUCAAGUCUUCUCUCAGAUGAUACACUUGAACGAGCAGGUGAAAGCCAGGGACAUUGAGAGCGUCUUGAGGUGUAGCGUCUUGGAGAUAGAGCAAGGGAUGGCCAGGGUCAAAAGCUCUCAGGAUGCUGAGCUCCACACAGCCAUGGACAACUAUGAAUGCAAUAUCUUCACCUUCUUGUACUUGGUGUGUAUCUCCACCAAGACACAGUGCAGGGAUGAGGAACAGUCGCGAAUUAACAAGCAGAUAUAUAACUUGAUCCACUUGGAUCCCAGGACACGAGAUGGGUCCAGCUUGCUGCACCACGCUGUCAACUCCAGUACCCCAGUGGAUGACUUCCAUACCAAUGACGUCUGCAGCUUCCCCAAUGCGCUGGUCACCAAACUCCUCUUGGACUGCGGUGCUGAUGUCAAUGUUGUAGACCAUGAGGGGAACACCCCGCUGCACGUCAUAGUCCAAUACAACAGGCCCAUCAGCGACUUUUUGACCUUGCACUCCAUCAUCAUCAGUUUGGUUGAGGCUGGCGCUCAUACGGAUAUGACGAACAAGCAGAAGAAGACUCCUCUAGACAAAAGUACCACUGGCGUGUCCGAAAUACUCUUGAAAACUCAAAUGAAGCUGAGUCUGAAGUGCCUGGCCGCUCGAGCUGUGCGGGUUUAUCACAUCAGCUAUCACAACCAGAUCCCCAAGUCUUUGGAAGAAUUUGUCGAAUUCCACUAGCCACAACAACAGGUGGUGGUGCUCCUUCCCUCCAUGAAAGGUCAAACUCUAGUCAAUAAAAUACUAGGCAGAGCUUUUGAA